UCGUGCCCGGCUGCCGUGCGCGUCGGUUGUCAUAUCGGGGAGUGUCGCCGUCGCGUUGCGUUACGAAAAAACAUCUUUUGUACCAUAACCAAACCAGUGCUGUGGAUUCAUUUGUGGUGCUCCUGUGAGAUUGUGCCAUUUCGUAUUGUGAUGUUUCGUGUUUCAGAUGUUAUAGUGUCGGAUUUCUCUUGAAAAGAGUGGGACGGGUUCCGCCUGCCGCCGGACGCCUUUUCUCUCGGAACUCGGGAUAUCAUUAAGGUAACAAACAAUUUCAAGUACGAAACGCUUGCGACUCGAUUUACGGGAAGCCUUGUUUGGCAGUGGAAACGUACAUACAACAUAUAUAUAUAUAGCAACACUGAAUUCUAAGAUGCCAACACAAGAUGAAGCGACAAUUUGACGAUACAAAUAAAAUUAAAUUUUAACACCAAACAUAAGAAAAUAUCAACUAUGACGGUUAAACCUAAACGGGUUUCAGAACCUUUAGAAAGGGUCGUGAACACCAAGAAAAAAAGCCUUCUAGAUCUGAAAUCUCUUCUAGAAGACAGAGGAGGAAUUAUAGAAGCUAGUACGAAAGGAGGCUUUAAAAGAAAUGUCUUCGAAAAAGAUAAAGAUUCUAGCAAUAAUAGUCUUUACCGUUUAGACAAUAAUGUUAGUUUUGGUGUAACAACUUUUAGUGAAAGCAAUAAUACUAUGAGGUUUAGUGGAAAAUCAGUUAAAGGACGGUGCUGUAGACUUAAAACAAUAAUGUGUUUGUUAUUAGUGGCCAUAUUUGUGGAUACGAGACUGCAGGCAGAAGCGAGAAGUUCAGAACCGAGAUACGAAACAGCGUACGCGUGUGAAGGGAAGACUCUCAAAAUUGGUUGCAGCGAGGGCUCAGUCAUCCACCUGAUCAGAGCGAACUACGGCAGGUUUUCGAUCACCAUCUGCAAUGACCACGGCAAUACUGACUGGAGUGUGAACUGCAUGAGCACGAGGAGUUUACGGGUUUUACACAGCAGAUGUAGCAUGCACCAAAACUGCAGUAUAUUAGCCAGUACAAACAUGUUCGGUGACCCUUGUCCGAACACGCUUAAAUAUUUAGAAGCCCACUACCAGUGUGUACCAGCAUCAACAACUAGUACAACGACAAGGCCAUCACCGCCAUGGCUUAUUACCUCCCAGCCAACCGUCUGGAGGUCCACCGCACCUCCGAUACCUAAAAGCCCUGUGCUUACGCAACAAGAGAAGAAGAAGCCCACGGUUAUCACGCCACCGACAUUUAGACCUCAUAUUACCCUACCACCAGAAGUACAGCUAGGAAAUAUUGGCACAAAGAAAACAACAACAAGACAACCAGACUCAUCAUCCGAAAGGGAACCGCCACUAAGUACUUUAGACAAAAUACCAGAGAUAAAAGAAGAAACACCAAAGGUUGCUGAACCAGAAAGUCCUAAAAUGGAUAAACCUAAGGACAAGGACGAUGAAACUUCAGCGGUCACUGAUGAAACUCUACACUGGCCACCUAAAGAUGAAGAUUCAGAUCCAACUUCGCCUAUCCAUAUGCUUCCUAAAGAAAACCGGCCCGAUCCUGAUAUUGUCGAUGAUUUUGAUAAAACAUUCUCAACAAGUGCAACCCCAGCGUUGGGAAGAAGAGCUUACUGUCCUCAAAUCAAUGCUCGUGGCUUACAUUGGAACUGGACAAUGGCUGGAACGUACGCUGUCCAACCUUGUCCAGGAGGUGCUACUGGUUUGGCCAGGUGGAAAUGUACUCUAACAAAUCACCAGCACGUUGAAGAAGAACGUCCUAGGCGACGAAGUUCAGGCUUGCAGUCGGGAGAAAACUAUCACGAUCUCGGUUUGGACCAGCCUAAUGAUAGACAAAUGCAACUCAUCAGAAGAUUAGGAUCAGAAGCUUUAUUGAAAGGUCGUGAUGGAGAUUCAUCUGAGCACCUUAUCGACUACCGUGGUACUGCGAGUAUGUCUGAUACACAAAUUAAUCACAACCUUGUCGUCAAUGGAGACUUGAUGUACUCGGAUUCAAUACCUGAGUGGCAUGGCGCUACACCAGAUCUCAGUGAAUGUAGGUCUGUUUGGUUAAACAGCCUGGAAGCGAGAGUCAGGGAAGGGGAAUCCUUGCUUAGCAUCAGCAAUGACUUGGCACAGGUAACGUCUUCAAAGACCCUCUACGGUGGUGAUAUGAUGACAACGACCAGUAUUAUGAAGAAAUUGGCGCAACGGAUGUCACAGAACGUCCAAACAUUUCCCGAUCCGAGACAGAAGGAAGCCAUCGUCACUGAUAUGCUACUUGGAGUUAUUAAGACUGGUUCAAAUCUGCUCGAGGAAAGUCAACGCGCGUCCUGGUCGGAUUUGAGUGCAGAUGCUCAAAACCGAGUUGCAAGUGCACUUCUAACUCAAUUAGAAGAACACGCCUUCCUGUUGGCGGACGCAGUCACCAAGGAAAAGACUAUUUUACAAAUUGUUAAAAAUAUAUGUCUCUCCGUGCGUGUUCUUGAAGUAAAAAAUGUUGAAGAUGAAACAUUCCCGUCGGUGAUUGCGCAGGAACAGUGGAAAGCUUCCGAGGAUACCAUUACUAUACCAAAGGCUGCUUUACUAGAAAAUCAUCAAGUUGACCUUGUUCGGAUAGUUUUCUUCGCAUUUGAUCGUUUAGAAGAAAUUCUUCCACCGACAUUUGGCAAGAAUCCUGAAUUUGCUGCGUAUUCUACUGAUUCUGUGACAUCGACUAGUAUUAACUCUGAAAAAGAAAAGAAAAACGUGACACGUGUCUUAAACUCUAAGGUCAUAUCAGCAAGUCUGGGGAAUGGUAGACACAUACAACUAUCGCAAAUGGUGCGUCUAACUAUGAAACAUUUGAAAACCGAAAAUGUCACCAAUCCGUCUUGCGUGUUCUGGGACUAUACACUACACGGCUGGUCUUCCGAGGGUUGCCAAGUAGAAUGGUCAAAUGCAAGUCACACUGGUUGCGCGUGCUCACAUCUUACCAACUUCGCCAUACUCAUGGACGUCCACGGCGUUUCUAUUGGCGCAACUCACGAGAUGGCAUUACGUUUGCUGACGUUCAUUGGUUGCGCGAUAUCAGCUGUUGCGCUAUUGGCAGCUAUACUCGUGUUCCAGUGUUUCAGGAAUAUGAAGUCGGAUCGCGUGCUAAUUCACAAGAACCUGUGCGUCUGCUUGCUAAUCGCAGAAAUAGUAUUCAUGGCUGGUAUCGAUAAAACGCAAAAUCAAAUACUGUGUGGCGUCGUCGCUGGACUGCUACACUACUUCUUCUUAGCCGCCUUCGCUUGGAUGUUUCUAGAAGGCUUCCAGCUGUACGCGAUGCUGCAGGAGGUGUUCGAGCCGGAGCGGCCGCGCGCGCGCUGGUACUGCGGCGCCGCCUACGCCGCGCCCGCGCUCGUCGUGCUCGUGUCGGCCGCCUGCUUCCCGGCCGGCUACGGCACGCCGCAGCACUGCUGGCUCACCACCGAGCGCCUCUUCGUGCUCACCUUCGUCGUGCCCGCCGCCGUCGUGCUGGCCUUCAAUUGGGUGUUCUUGAGUAUGGUGAUCUACAUGAUGUGUCGCCACUCAACGGUAUCUGUGAAGACGAAGGAAAACAACAAAUUAUAUAAAAUAAGAGUCUGGCUUAACAGUUCAAUAGUACUGGCCAUUCUUCUCGGACUGACGUGGACGUUUGGACUGUUGUAUUUGAACGAGCAGACAGUGGGCGUGGCCUACGCGUUCACCAUAUUGAACUCACUGCAAGGACUCUUCAUAUUCAUCUUCCAUUGUUUGCAAAAUGAAAUCUUCCAGAAGGAGAUGGCCCGCCUGUGCCGGCGCCACCCGUGGCUGUCGUGCUGCCUGUCGCUGGCCGCCGCGCCGCCCUCCUCCAACCACGUGGACACGCGCCAGGGCUCCGUCAAGAGCCGCCGCUACCACCAGGGGCCGCCCGACGGCGACGACGUCAUCGACCCGCGUGACGUCACGAGUUACAACUUACAACCCGAGGCGUCUCGCUGGAACCUGCGUCCGACCGCUCCGAUAUACGUACCCAACGAAGACGUAAGGAACCCUCGCGCGCCAACGCCUCAAAACAUCCCUCAUAGCUCGUCUCACUCGCACAGCAUCGCCUCGAUGCAUAGCUACAGAAACAAUAUCGAAGUGCCGAACGAUUACCAGAACGUUCGGUCGCGGUCGCCAUCUUGUUACUCGAACAAAAUGGCGGCUUCGAUUGGCGCGAACGAGUGGACGCUCAUGGCGAAUACGGGCAAUGUGUGGAAGAACACUUCUUCUAAACAUCAUUCGGUGAACGCGUCGACCCUACCUCACCACGACACACUCUCGCGUCAAAUGGCUCAGCAGAGUCAUAUUCACAGUCCUUAUCCUGAAUGCGACGGUCAACUAGCCCCUGGUUCUCCAAGACACGUGAUAAAGGACGAGGAAAGUCCUUUACAUCACUCACAGGGCUAUCAGACUACAAGAAGCUACAAUCACGAUUUUAGAAAUCCUCACGUCUUCAUGUCCCAGCAGUCCCCUGGAAGCCAGGAAAUGAUAUUUCGUAAGCACUACAAGGAUGAGAAUCGACGCAAACACCAUCACCAUCACGGGAGCCAGAACGUGAAUCACACGUAUUCGGAGAUAGCUUCCCAGCAAGGAAGGAUAUAUAGAAGAGGAUCCGAAGAGUUUCGAGUGAUCCAGGACGAUCCUGUUUACGAAGAAAUUGAACGAAAUGAAACGCUUAUGUCUGAUAUGUCUGAUGAUAAUUCAGGACCAGAUAAUUGCAGGCAGAACCCUGGUCACCACGGAUCGACCAGCUCUAAAUUUUUUGGGGAUCAUCGACCUUUAAUCUCUUAUAGUCCAGGAGAUAGGCAUCACCACGAGCAAGAGCAUUAUGGAAAAUACGGAAAAUGGGACACUUUGGAAAGGGCGUAUGACCCGAGGCACGCAUAUGAAAGCGGCAGACUGAUGCAUCCAUAUCACCAGCCCCAGGAAAACAAUAUGAGGGCGUUGGCAGCUGUUCUCAAUGGAGAGAACAAUGUUGUGUGUCACUUGGAGCCCCACAAUUCUUACGACGUGUACCAGCCCCAAGCUGGCAACCCAAGAACUGUUUCACAGCCCAGUUUCUAAAUAUCCGAUGUUUGGAUCCGGCCGGUGUCGUUUAUUUUCGAGUGAUAGUGAUUUCGAUGACUUUUAAGACUUGCAGAUAUUGUACAGAUAUAGCGAAUGAAUUUUUCUAAGAAUGUAGGCAUAGAAAUUUUAGUGUCACAAUCAAGUGAUAGCGUUUAUGUAGAAACUUGCCAUAACGUGGACUUUACAUUACAUAUAUUAUAUUUAUAGACGGUUAGAUUAAAACGUAAGUUUAUCACUUUUUCCACUGUGAUCCUUUUUAAAUAUAACGGCUCAAGUUUCAGUGUUACGACCACGUUUCGUUUGUGUCGCUGUACGUAGCGAUUUUGUAUAUACUUAGCGUUUAGAAAUAGAUUUGUAUAACUUCCUGUGUGACCUUACUAUUUCUAUCGGAGAUUCGGUUGAGAUCAUGGCAUUCUUUCAAUAUCGCAUUUUUUAAUUAUUAGGUUUAAAAAUCUGUGAUGUUUCAUUUGUAAGGUUAAGUUUUUUUUUUUACGCAUUCGACAAAUGUAUAACACUGCCAUACCUUGUGCUGGUUUUUUAUAGCUUUUUCUCGAGGACAUUGUGCUGCAUCAUUACCUCUUUUAAAUGGAACUCCAAAAUCCAUCCAACCUAUUAUAGACUGACACUACUCGAUGUUGUGCACAUUCAGAAAAUUAGCCUAGUGUGUAAUACUUAAAGUAAUCGUACUGUUUCCGUUUCCGUUGAAACGUUUCGUUUUAAUGCCAUGAACUUAUUUUAUAUCAACUAUAAAAUAAGGAAUUGUUUUUAGAAUUGAUACAGGUACAAUAAUAGGAAAAAAAAAGAAGCGUUAAUUUCUUGUAUAUUUUGGAUCGAUUAAGCAAUAUAUUUAGACUGAAGUAUUUAAUAAAUUGUUGGCUUAUUUCUUGUAACACAAUUAUUUAUAUAUCUUAUCUUCGCCAACAUUUAUGAAAUACUUUUAGAAGAAAUAUGAUAAAAAAUACGUGGGGACAUUUAUUUUUUCUAAUUGGGUAUACUAGUCCAACUCCCACUUUCGUAAAUGUAAUUGUACAUGAAUCUUUGUCUAUUUCUGUUAUAUAUUUUUGUUUUGAUUGUAUUUUAAUAACGUUGAGUAUAUUAAUGUAAAGUAGGAAAAACAGAAUGUGUAAAUAAUUUAAAGUUUAUAUAAAUAAAGAGUGGCUGUUCUGAGAGAACGACCGC